GUGCCUCCCACGGUCACGUCAGUGAGGCAGGAACAAGGACAGACUGUAUGGUACUGUGGUAUGAUGCUGUUCAUCUCGUUGGUUAUGCACCAAUAUUUUUGCACAGGAUAGGAACGUUUCUGAUAACUUUUUUUUUUUUUUACACUGCCAGCGGUGAUUUCACUACUUGGAUAAAUCGGGAUAAAUUAAUUUCGUCCAUUGUUGCUCCAGAUUGAUGCUUUCAUUCACGUGUGUGUGCUGGUGACACUUUUCCAUGGAGAUGCAGGUGGUGCAGCGGGCCAGGGAGACCUUCCUUACCGGGAAGUCGCGACCCCUGGAGUUCAGAGUUCAGCAGCUCAAGUCCCUCCAGAGGAUGAUCACAGACAGACAGGGAGAGAUCGCCACCGCCCUCAAACAGGACAUCAACAGGAGCCAGUACGACACCCCGCUGUUGGAGCUGAUCGGCCUGGAGAAUGAGAUCAGCCUGGCUGUGUCGAAGCUGGCGCAGUGGGCUGCUCCUCGGCCAGUAGAGAAGAGCCUCCUCACCAUCCGAGACCAGGUGUACAUCCAGCCGGAGCCUCUGGGAGUGGUCCUCAUCAUCGGGGCCUGGAACUACCCCUGGGCCCUCACCUUGCAGCCCCUGGUCGGGGCCAUCGCUGCUGGCAAUGCAGCUGUGGUGAAGCCAUCUGAGCUGAGUGAAUACUCAGCUAGUCUCCUCAAAGCUCUGCUCCCACGAUAUCUGGACCAGGAGCUGUACCCUGUAGUGUGUGGGGGCGUCUCAGAGACCCAGGAGUUGCUGCGUCAGCGUUUCGACCACAUCUUCUACACAGGGAACAGCACUGUGGGUAAACUGGUGAUGGAGGCAGCAGCCCGACACCUGACCCCCGUGACCCUGGAGCUGGGGGGGAAGAGCCCCUGUUACAUCGAUAAGGACGUCGACCUCAGAGUUGCAUGCCGGCGUAUCACGUGGGGAAAGUUUGUGAACUGCGGUCAGACGUGCAUCGCCCCAGACUACAUCCUGUGUGAACCCAGCAUCCAGAACAGAGUGGUGGAGGGCAUCCGGCAGACACUACUGGAGUUCUAUGGGCCCGACCCCAAAUCCUCCCCUGACUACGGCCGCAUCAUCAACCAGCGCCACUUCAACCGCGUGAUGGCUCUACUGGAUGGCUACACAGCGGCGCUAGGGGGCCAGAGUGACUCAUCACAGCGCUACAUUGCCCCCACGGUGGUGAAGGAUGUGCCCCCCCAUGCUAGGCUGAUGCAGGAGGAGAUCUUCGGCCCCCUGUUGCCCAUAGUGACCGUCAGCGACAUAGAUGACGCCAUCCACUUCAUCAGUGAGAGAGAGAAGCCCCUGGCGAUCUACGUCUUCUCCUCCAACAAGAAGGUGAUAAAGCGAAUGCUGGCUGAGACGACCAGUGGCGGGGUGACCGUCAACGACGUCAUGAUGCACUACACCCUCAACUCUCUGCCCUUUGGGGGUGUAGGUCAGAGUGGAACAGGCAGGUAUCAUGGGAAACACACCUUUGACCAGUUAAGCCACCAUCGGGCAUGUCUGGUCAAGUCCCUGGGCAUGUAGGAGGUCAACAUGGUGCGGUACCCACCCCAGAACUUCCAGAACGCUCGCAGGGUCAGGCUGGCCAUGAGGACACCACUGGUUGACUUCUCUAGGAAAACCUACAUCUGGGCCGUGACGGCCACCGUCUUUGCUUUCGGUCUCUUGGUCACCUUGACUGCCAUCCUGCUAAUUGCUGGUGGCCUGAACUGCACCUGUUGGAGGGUCUGGCAAAUCUGGCGCUAGCCAGUCUGUACCUGUAUUGGCCGACAUACACUAACGUUCAAAAGUUUGGGGUCACUUAGAAAUGUCCUUGUUUUGAAAGAAAAGCACAUUUUAUGUCCAUUAAAAUA